ACGGCGCCUCCCGGGUCAGUUGUUGUUUGGGCGUCGUGUCGAGCGGAGGUGUUGCGGCGCUUCGCUCUCUCUUCGUCACUGGGCAUUUCACCCACGCUCAUCAUAGAAAUUGUUCGCUUCGAAGGUUCUCUGUUGUCUUUACGAUACAUACCAAUACGGAUUACCUUCGCCUUAUGGUAUGGAUGUGGAAAAUGUCAAGUGAUAACGAGUGAGGAUUAAUCUACUUCGGAUAUCUCCUUGCAAUAAAUCCGCCCCGCAACAUCAGAUUCGGGAAUUACCUUCGCAGGAAAGCUAUUCGAGACCACCGCGUGACACACAAGUCUCAAACCUCCGGAUCUAGACACAGAAGCCACGAUGGGAAUGAAUAAAGCAGUUAGCUUCCCCUUCAGGUUGAUGCUGGCGGCCGCGGCGUGCGUGACCUGCGCGAGAGGAAACAUGGAUAUGUCCAAGAUCCGACGCGAGGGCGGCGCUACCAUCACCUCCUCGACGCUGGCCUGGGUGCACGUGAGCGAGGGCAUGCACACGGCACACGCAGUACUGGUUGCAGAAGAUGAUCCCGCUACAGUGUGGUGUCGUGCCGAGAAGCACGGCACGUUUGUGGCCGGAGCCAUGCACGGCGGAGUGUGCUCCGUGCCUUUCCUCGGCAAAGUGCUGCGCGUGGAGGGUGACUUCGAGGUGCUGGUGUCCGUGAAUGGCUCCGCGAAGGUGAGAUACGUGCAGUGGGACCGCUACAUGGCCCCCCCUCACAACGCCGUGGCUGCGCACGCGAAGCGCUUCUUGGCGGUGCGCGAAGGCAAGAACAGCUUCCCGCAAGCAGGCUUCCUGGCGCCGCAGGAGCGUCGCGCCCAUCUGGUCGCUGGCGCCGACGUCGUCCGCGUGGACAACGCCAUGGUGCUCGUGGAGGACGAGCCCGUGUCCUACGACCUGCGAGGCAUCACGCUGGACGGCUACAUCAACGUCUCGAAUGUGGACACGGUGCUGGCAGAGGCCCUGCUGCUCAACCCCGGCCCCUCUCGGCAGCGGGUGGUGGAGGAGCGUGAGGUGGUGGUGAAGCAGUUGUCGUACUGGGGCAGCGUCAAGGGCACUUACGUCGGCCUGCCCUCGCACGUGGUGUCACCGCCGCCUGAGACCGAGGAGCACGACCUGGUCUGGGGCAUCCAGAAUGAGUUCGACCGGAUGCAGCGACAGAUCCUGGAGUACGACCUCCCCCCCGGCACGGGCGUGAGGGUCCAUCUUAUCGGGACCGUGCGCACGACGGAGGCACCCUACAACGGCAAACUGACCACCACGUACCAGGACGGGAGCCAGGUCUCGCGCGUCAUCGAGGGCCUUCACAUGGACCAGCGGCUGGUGCUGCUCAGCGCCAACUACUCCUCCCCGUACUACAUUCACAACAACACCGUGCUCGACAUCCCCGCGCAAAAAACGAUGCUCUACAGCUGAGCCUCCUAAGAUGUCCAUGGUCGGGCCCGAGAAGCCGAAGAGCGACUCCCUGAGCACCACGUCCCAGCACGAUGUGCCCCUGGAGGCCGACAGCGGCGCAGCUCAGCUCGCCGUGUGGCCCGCGCUGGCCGCCCUCCUGUCCCUCGCCGCCGCUCGCGCCUGAAGCCCUCUCCAGGGAGCUCUGGGCGAAGACUCUCUGUGACAAUGUGAUCUUGUGAUUUUAUGCUACAAGUGUUUCGUUGAUCAUAUAUACUCUACUGGUUUAGUACUGAUAUGGUUGUAUGUAAUGUACAUCCUGGAAUAACUUGAUGUCUGAAUUAUUAAUCUCAUAGCGACUUAUAAGCAAUGUGUGCGUUUGUAUGUGAACGUGAAUGUAUGCGAGCGUGUGCAAGUGUAAUGCGAUGAAACGUACUGCCAUGACCCUGAUCUGCGUCGUGCGUGACAGGCGGUACAUACGAACUGCACAAAGUGCUCCCUCAGUCCUGUGAGAGACGCCUCUUCCCCCAAAGGGCGGGCCGCGGCAAGCGCAAUCCGACGGCGAAGCCGCUUCUACAAGCCACAUCGCACUUGAUACCCGAGAAACGCACAGGCUUCCCCUUGGCACCGCGGCCCAAAGAAUUCAUCAGGGAGUGUCACCGCUGCUGUGGCAAACGGUCGCGGCCGGCGCUGUGCGCCCCCAGGGCCACGAAACCAUGAACAACGCAGCGCGACAUCACAGCCUCUCCGCCAGACUAUAAAUGAAAGAGUGAUAAUCGGACUGUCAAAUCUGUACGAUUGUUCUAUUUAACGCAGUGUAAAUGUGAAGGUACAUAUGACGGUGUCAGUAAAAAGGGUGUAAACAGAUUUGUCUUUAAGGAUGUGUAUAGUAAAUAUGAGCGUCAGAAGAGUGUAAUAAUGUCUGAUAAGUUUACGAUAUAGACUAGAAGAUACUGGAAAGGUAUAUAAUGAAAUAUGUUUAAGAUGUGUUCUAUAUUAGCAAGAGUAUGGAAGAAGUGUGACUGGAUGUAAAUACUGUGUGUGUACAGCUCUUACUGUAUAUUAUUAUAUUAACCCUAGGUAGUGGCUAUCUUGCGUGUUUGUACUCCCGUAACAAUGUUCAUUAUGAGUUGCCGGUGACGUUAAUUUAUUUUCCAAGAAGUCCGCGUAGGCGAAGGGCGAGGCGCUCACCCCGACAUCCGGAGUCGCUCUCUGGAGGACGCAACACGACCUCGCGUUCUCGGGGCGUCGUCGUCUCGCGCGCACGUACGCACGCAACACCCAUCCUCCUUCCCAGACAUUCCCUCGCCAGAGCUUGCAGAAGACAUACCCACAGCGACAGUAAUCUCUGCUUCUGCCUCGCGUCGCCCACCGACCACGUCGAGGCGCCCUUCUCGCGCGCGACGGCCACGCGGUGCGGCCAGGUCACUCUGUUGCCUCAAUGUUGUACGUUUGACGUAGUGUGUAGUGUGGACAUCGCGAGCAGUCUCCUACCGUGACUCUCCAGUUCGGAAGGGACACAACCACGCUGAACAACUUUGUACCUGUCCAUGGAAUAAACGUGAGACAAGGA